CUUCCUGGCAUGUGGAUUUAAAUUUACAGGCAGCGGACCAGUUUAUAAUAACUUGCAUCUACUGGCGUCUGUUUUCCCAUGUGUUUCACAGUAGAGACAUAAGACGCGUCUAAAUAUCAGUGUUGUUCAUUUUGUAAGGGUUGAAUAAUGGUGGUUAUGGAGGAAAGCCUGAGAACAAUGACCAGGGUCUUCAGGAGAGAAUGUCACAGGGUGUUAGACUCUGAGAGGACCACCAUCCAAGGGGCUGAUGGGAUGCUGAUGGUCCUACAACUUACUAUGGCUGGGGUCAACAAGCAGGAACAUGGGGACUUUGGUGUUGCUUUGAGUGAAGUCUUGGCUGCCUGGAAAUACUUCCUUCUGGACAAGCUCCAGCUAUCCCACAACGAUAUCCCUCUUCCACAGAACUAUGACCUCAUCCGAAAAGAGUAUGACUGCUUUUUGAAACGCACCAAUACUGUGGAUUUGAUUGACGUCUUCAUUAUGUUCAAGGAGCUUCGGAUAAACGGGGACCCCGAGGAGCCCCUAACCGCAAUGCAACUGUUUCAGUUUCUCAUUGGUGAAAAGGAGAGUUUGGAGAAAAUGGAUCCACUUCCUGUGUGUCCCGCAACUCCAUCUAACAAGGCUGGAAUCAGCAGUCCACAGAUACAGAGAGUUGUCAGGAGAGUUUUCUGUUCUUAUUUGGGCCUUCUGGUGAACUCUAAGUAUGACAUGGCUCUCGCAUACACCCUGGACAACCCAAAUCGCUCUCUGGGUCACAUCGCCUUUACCGACCUUAGACAUGCUGCCUGUGACAGCACCUCGUCUCUCUUCCUGACAGUAACAUCAUUUGUCAGGGCCAUACAGCUUGGAGGAAAGGGGUACGCCCCACCUGAGUCUCACCCCUUAAGGAAGCACGUAAAGGGCUUAUCAGAGUUUCUCAAUUUUAUCGACCAGUGUCAAGAAGUUUUGGGAGAAACCUCUAAUCCCAGUGCCUUGAACCUGCUGCAUGUGGUCCUGUUCACCACCACGUCUCUUUUCUCUGAUGAGAGAGUUGUGCGGCCAACUGUCCGCUCUCAGUUUGCAUGUACAUACAAGGAUGAGAUGCCCCUCAACCGGGUGUUGGCGUUUCCCAGCACCAGCCAACUUCCCACCUGUGUGCACCCUGCACCCAAAAAAACCAUCUUUUUACAUGUGACUGUGGAGCAAGAGCCUGACCCCACUGGGAUGGACAUCAGUCUCAAAGAGGCCACUAACUUAAGGCAUGAAGGUCCUGGCCAAUCCGCUCUGGGGGAACAUAGUGGAAAUGCUUGGAACCGAGCAGGUGGGAAGGGGACCCAGCCAGAACCGCUCAGAAGAGCAACCGGGACCUCAAAGAGAAAGCUCGCCAAUAGAGAGUGCACUGAGCAAGGAAGAGAAGAGAACCAGCCCCCUCAGAAAAGACCCCCUACCAAGACUCCCGCUGGAGGCCCGGGGAAGAGGAACGUUAAAGCUGCAGGCAAGAAGCUUAUCGCUGGUCAGGGCAAACUCACCGGCUUUUUCAGACUGUAAUUUAGUGACCAAUCUCUUGUUAAUUAUGAUGUUCUGUUUUGGCAAUAAAGUCCGGUUUUAUUUAUUAGUAGUCUAAAUGCAUUUAAAGUGAUAACUCACCUGAAAUUGGUUAUUUAUUCGCCCUCAUGUUGUUCUAAACCUUUUAUUUUUAGGCGAAAUAGUCCUUUAAAUGCUUUUACUGUUCCUUUUAAUACAAGUCAUGUCGCUCUACUCCAGACAGCAUGUGUGUGAAUGUAUUUGUGUGUGUGCAUGUUUGAGAUGCAAGGGAAUAGAUUAUGAGUUGGCAGAGAAAGAACUUUUAUCAUU